AUGGGGAAGAAGGCACAUCACAACAAGUCUCCAAGAGCUAACUCUGGUACAAUUCCUUCAUCAGUUGGAAAUCUAGUGAAUUUGACUAUAUUGGCAUUGGGGCUGAACAUUCUCACUGGGGUAAUUCCUGAAAGUAUAGGUAAUCUGAAGAAUUUGCAGCUGUUAACAUUGUAUAGAAGCAGACUAAUAGGAAAUAUUCCAUCUUCUAUAGGCAAUCUCACUCAAUUAGUAAACCCUUAUCUUACUGGAAACAAUUUGGAUGGCUCUAUACCUUCAAGCCUUGGAAAUUUGCAGCAAGUAGAAGAGCUGGGUCUAGGUAAUAAUGAUCUAGGUGGUGAAGUACCUAAAGAAAUAUUCAGCUUAUCCUCCCUUACAUCUUUUGGUUUAUCUUAUAACUCACUCUCUGGUAGCAUUCCUUUUGAAGUCAGUAGCAUGAAAUAUCUUCGGAUACUGUAUGUCGUGGGAAAUAAGUUGACAGGUGAAAUUCCGAGCAGUUUAGGAGAUUGUCAGCUUCUAGAGUCUUUAAACAAUUUAAAAGGUAAUUCUAUUGACAGAGUAACUUCUGCUUUGCCUUGGUCCAAUGAUCGGUAUCUCAGAGCUUCAUACUUGGAACUAGCGAAGGCAACUGAUGGCUUCUCUGAUAACAAUUUGAUAGGCACAGAAAGUUAUGCCUUGGUAUACAGAGUGAUUCUCCAUCAUGAUAAUACGAUUGUAGCUGUGAAAAUAUUGAAACUUGAGAGACGAGGAGCAACCAAGAGCUUCACUGAUGAAUAUGAGGCUUUGAGAAAUAUCAGACAUCGAUAUCUUAUCAAAAUUCUCACCUCAUGCUCCACAGUCGAUAAAAAAGUGGACGAUUCCAAAGCUCUAGUAUUUGAAUUCAUGCCUAAUGGAAAUUUGGAAGCAUGGUUGCAUACAGAAAACAAGGGCCAUAGCUUGAUACAGAGGUUAAAUAUAGCCAUUGAUGUUGCUGAUGCACUAAAAUAUCUACAUUAUGACUGUCAAGUACAAGUCAUUCAUUGUGAUCUGAAGCCUAGUAAUAUUCUACUUGAUGAUGAUAUGGUUGCUCAUGUGGGUGAUUUUGGACUGGCAAGGUUAGUAACUGAUACGAGCAUGCUUGUACAGAAUUCUAGCUGCUCAAUAGCGAUAAAGGGAACCAUUGGAUACGUUCCUCCAGAAUACGGUGCAGGUGCUCAGGUAUCUACUUCUGGAGACGAAUACGGCUAUGGAAUCAUUCUACUAGAGAUGUUUACAGGAAUAGGACCUACUGAUGAUAUGUUCAAAGAUGGCCAAAAUCUUCCUAAUUUUGUCCAAGUAAUGUUUCCUGAUAGAGUUACAGAGGUCAUAGAUCCAGUUCUACUGUUACAACAAGCAGAGGGUGGAUAUUUCAACCUUGAGGAUGACUCGGUUACGGAUUCAAGAAAAGUCCAAGAAUGA